UGACAUUUCACAAACACAACGGAAACGUAAACAAACUCAAGGCGUCUCAAGGAAAUACUCAAAUUUUUACGAAUACAAAAAAUAUAAAAUACCUGCCGUUCUAUUUUACUCGAGAUGACUUCAGAAAAAGAUCCUUUAGUUAGUGAGCGAUCCGGAACAGUAAGAGAAGUUGGGAAUCAUGCAAUUUGGAGUUUGUCUUCUUGCAAGCCAGGCUUUGGCAUCGAUCAACUGAGGGACGAUUGUAUGGACACCUACUGGCAGUCAGACGGACAACUGCCCCAUUUAGUCAACAUUCAAUUUCAAAGGAAAACAAUGGUGUCCCAUAUUUACAUUUACACCGAUUACAAACUGGAUGAGAGCUACACCCCGAGCAGAAUCUCCAUCCGCGCGGGAACCCACUUCAAUGAUCUGCAGGAGAUUGAGGUCAUUGAGCUGAUAGAACCCAGUGGUUGGGAGAUGAUACCUAUAAAAGACAUUCAUGACCGGCCAAUCAGGACCUUCAUGAUCCAGAUAGCGGUCCUCAGCAACCACCAGAACGGCCGAGACACGCACAUGAGACAGAUCAAGGUGCACUCCCCGUGUGAACCCCCCUCCUUCGAUAUACACAAGUUCAGAAACUUCUCCACAGUUCAGUUCCAACAGUAUGCCACUAUCCGUUAAGGUUUUCUGCCCUAAUAGCUAAAUCCAUUCUGAGAGGGGGCAAAACUACUGUACAUGGCUCUCUCGGGUAUAAAGUUGCCCUUAGUAUAAAAGUAUUUAAUUGUGAUGAUAAUAAUAAUAAAACAUGUAAGUAAAAACA